AUGAAAUCUAUAAUCUUAUGUUUAUUUGUAAUUUUACUUGUUCAAGGUGUAUAUUCGAAUGAUGUUUGCAGUGCAGUAAGAUGUUUGGGCGGUUUGCAAUGUGCUAGUAUCAACGGUGUAGCAACAUGUAUUUCAAAGUUACAAACGGUUCAAAAGAUUGCUAUUAUCAAUCCAAAUGCCACCGCUGUCAAUAUUAAUCCGACCAACUACUGGGCAGAUCUCUGUGAUUGGUAUACCACUAUCUCAAACUUUUACUUUGCACCAGUCUUAUCAUUCAUCUAUUAUUUUAAUUCACAAGUUUUCAAAGAAUGA